UUGGUUUUGCAGCUUCCGGCCAGCUCAGUAUAGUUAGACUUGAGCGGGUAGGAUUCUGAACUUGUAGGUAUUGAUCGUCCAAGAAGAUGGUGCUUCUAACGAUGAUUGCGCGGGUGGCUGAUGGGCUUCCUUUAGCGGCUUCUAUGCAGGAGGAUGAACAGGUGAAUUCGGGGAGAGAUUUGCAGCAGUAUCAGAGCCAGGCCAAGCAAUUGUUUCGGAAGCUCAAUGAACAGUCUCCUACCAGAUGCACCUUAGAAGCUGGACCAAUGGCUUUUCAUUACAUUAUUGAAAAAGGAGUUUGUUAUCUGAUACUAUGUGAAGCUGCUUUCCCCAAAAAAUUGGCGUUUGCAUACCUGGAAGAUUUGCACUCAGAAUUUGAUGAACAACAUGGAAAAAAGGUCCCAACGGUGUCCAGACCCUAUUCUUUCAUUGAAUUUGAUACUUAUAUUCAGAAAACAAAGAAGCUGUAUAUAGAUAGCCGUGCAAGAAGAAACCUUGGAUCUAUUAAUACAGAGUUACAAGAUGUACAAAGAAUCAUGGUAGCCAACAUUGAAGAAGUCUUACAACGAGGUGAAACACUUUCAGCAUUGGAUUCCAAGGCAAACAAUCUGUCCAGUUUGUCCAAGAAAUACCGUCAGGAUGCGAAAUAUCUGAACAUGCGUUCCACCUAUGCCAAGCUCGCUGCUAUUGCUGUGUUUUUUAUUAUGCUGAUUGUUUAUGUGCGGUUCUGGUGGCUGUAAGAGAUUAAUAGGUCCUCAAGAGUGAUAUUUAAUAACAUUAAGCAUAUCACUGUUAAGUAACUAAUAUCACAGGAUGUAUUUAGAAUCUGCCUAGACAUUUCCUUAUAAUGAGAAUUGCUAUUUCCAAAUGUCAGAAUUUGCUGACACUAAUGAUUUUCUUUUGUAGCAAUUAAAUGCUUGAAAAAAAAACAUUUUUCCAGUUGACAAAUAGGAGUAGCCUCAUUUGAUCCACCUACUUAUUCAACACUACUGUUAACAGACAAACUAAAAUAAGUGCAGCCCUGAUAGGGUAUUCUAAUGGGUAUUCCUUGUUAAUUGAAGAGAAAUUCCUCUUUCAAGGGUGACGUGUAUGUGUGUACAUAACACAUAGUUCUUUUUUUUUACUUUGAUUGGAUCAAUACUGAUUUUAUAUGUCAAAUCUCUUGCCUCAUUACCCUGUUAAUUUAGUAACUGCAUAAAAUAUUGCUUCAUCUGGCUUCUAUGACUGGUAAGUGAAAUGGGGAAAUAAUUUGAAUUCAUUUCACUGUAAAUAUUUGAAUGUCAUGCUAAACUGUGGCUGUGUGUUCUGACUCAGCUACAGCAGCUACUGUUAGACAUAUUUCUGUACAGCUGUAUAAAUACUUCAGCUUUUAUUUCUAACUAACUUGAUUGUCAUACCGUCUGAACCAAAUCAGGUUUGAUUUUAUUUUGAAGCAUACAGUUUCAAAAGCAGAAGCUUUUGGACAAUUCCUCAUGACUAAGCAAGGGAAGGGAAGAAUGGACCAAGAUUCAUCAAGGUUUGUCUACUCUGUGGCUUAAUUCAGAUAUGACCUUUCUUAUCUUAUACUGAAGUGCCCUCACAAAUGUUAUUUCAAUCUGUAAGAUCAUCGACUAGCUGAAUAUCUCUUCUUGCAAAAAUAGAGUAGAAGAGCAGGCUUCAUCCUGAGAGCUUGAAUAUACGGAAUAUUUUGAAAAAUUAACCUCUCUAUUUCACACAAGUUUGUUUCAACUUCUGUAUCACAAAAGAUAAAUUGCCAUGCAACAGAUUCUGUGAUGAUACUGCUCUCCACAAGAUAUGCACAUCUAUUUUGGGAAUUUGCCAAGUUGCAAGUAAAUUCAGUUCCAUUAGUCCAGUAAUAUCAUAGAAAUUCU